UUGUGUUAAUAAAUUGACACAUGUAACCGGAUUUCGCUACUUUUUUGCCGGUGUAAACAAAACGAAGAACUGAAAACAUGCCUUCGAUAAUUGGACAACAAAAAUUGUUCCCAACAAUAUCAAGCAUAGAUGAAAUCGUAACUGAAGAUUUUCUUGAGGCAGCAAUGGGUGCCGUCGCCAUUGUGGGAUCAAUGGGGUCACAAUUCUCAAUGACAAGGGAUGACAUGCUUGGCAAUGUGAAGAAAGUGCGCACCAAGUAUGAGACAGACAAGAAAGGACUUCAUUUGUUGAAGGAUCUGCUGCAGAAUGAGAAGGCAAACAAAGAGGAUAAGAAUGACAAGUCUGGGACGGUCGGGGCGCUUUGGCUCAAACGAGGUCUGGAGUACCUGUGCGAGGUGUUCUGGGAGCUGAUACAGGAGCAUGUGGCCAGCAAGCAGCCUGGGGGCAAGUCUGACAGUGGGGCAGUGAAGGCAGCAUGCAAGGCAGCUUACGAGAAAACACUCACCAAGUAUCACAACAUGGCCUCAAGGAUGGUUGUGAAGGGAGGCCUGAUGCUGUCCCCAUACAAAGAGACACUCAUGACUAACCUUGCCCAUGGAGAGAAAGACAAAGAUGACGAGGUAAUAGAGGACAUGAAAGUGUAUGAGAAGCCUUUGCGAGCCUAUGUGAUCGUGGUCUGUCAGCUCUUCCAGAGCUUUGACUACAAGGAUGAGUGCCUCACCCCACAGCCCUAGGCUGCCUACACCUGGGCCACACCCUGUACAUCCCCACACCUGGGCCAGGCCACACCUACAUCCCCUACUGGACCAGAGGGCACUAAGGUGCUAAGGAAAACUAAAGGGAUUUUUUUUAAUUAUAAGUCUGUUUUUGGUGUAAAUAUUGUUUUUUUAUUGUAAAAAAUGAUUUCAACUAGUACUAUUGCUUCAGAUUUGAGCCACACUGUGGGAAAACAGGGCUUAACGCAUAUACAAAAAUGUAGUUGUCCCAGGUUAGCCUGUGCAGUCUGCACAGGCUAAUCUUAGAUGACACAUUCCACCAGAACUGGAUUUUUGCAAAGAAGACUUCCAUAAAAUGAAAAAUACCACAUAUUUUUAAGUGAAAAGUGUCUUCGUUGAUAAGCCUGUGCAUACAGCAUAAGCUACUCUGUGACAACACUUUAAGCAAAUGCAUUAAGUCCCUUUAUCCCAGGGCAGGGCUCAUUUACCUUUCAUCCAUUUUGCUCACAGAAGUUUUUGGAUUUGACACAUUUGUUAUAAUUUAAUGUUCACUUGAAGUAAAGCUAAACAUAAUUUAGGAAUAGUUUCUCUGAUGGGGACAGGAUGUGGCAUAAAGCUGCAAUAUCAGAAACAUUUUGUAGAGUGUGAACUAUUCUGACUAAUUACACAUUCCAGUGUAUUGAUGAAUAUUAUAGAUCUGCUGAAAUAUGUUAUCUUUAUUUAAUUUUCACCAGCUUGUUGUGUUUUUUUGCAAUAUUAUAUAAAAUUAUUGAGUGCAUAAUCAACAUGGUUUGAGAAUAUCUUACAUAAGUUAGUUCUACAAGAGACUUUCAUUUUAUUGAGAACAUUGUGUACAUACACUAAAAACUAUGGACUCGUUUUGCAUAUGGGUUAAGUGUCGUCCCAGAUUGUGUACAUACACUAAAAACUAUGGACUCAUUCUGCAUAUGGGUUAAGUGUCUAUGGACUCGUUCUGCAUAUGGGUUAAGUGUCUAUGUACUCGUUCUGCAUAUGGGUGGUAAUGUCGUCCCAGAUUAGCCUUUGCAGACUAAUCUUUGAUGACACUUUAUGUAUAUGCAUCAAUCCCAGUUUUCCCAGUGCAAUGCAAUAUUCUUUCAUUGAUGACUGGUACUUCUAAAACUAAUAAAACUGUACCUUUAUAUAUGAGCCGUGCUUUUGAAAAGGGGGGGGUUUAAUGCAUGUGCGUAAAGUGUCGUCCCAGGUUAGCCUGUGCAGUCCACACAGGCUAAUCUGGGACUACACUUUCCACCUUAAAUGGAAUUUUGUUAAGUAGAUACUUGUUUUAAACGACAAAUAUCAUAAAAGUGGAAAGUGGGACAACACUUUAUCCACAUGCAUUAAACCCACUUUCCUCUGAGCGCGGCUCAUGUUUAUUUCUUAGGAGUCAAAUUGUCUGGUUAAUAUCUGCAAUCUAUACCUUGUGAAUGGUUACUAACAGUCAUCAUGUGUUAUAACACAAAUUUAACUGUAAGUAAUGUUAUAAAUGACUAAUGUGUACAUGUAAAUCGCCUAAAUAAACUAUAUUUAUGUAAUUAUGUUCAAAUAAGUACUUUAUAUUUAUAUUGUCAUGCAGAUAUUUCAUAAAAUAAAUAAAAACAUAUUA